GCUGCUUCCGGGUCAAUGGAGGACAGCGGGCUCGGGCGGCCCGCGCGGGGGACGCGGUGAAGCCCAGCGGCCCGGGGCGGCCGGGACCAGCCCGAGGAGCCGCCGCCGCCGCCGCCGCGCCCCGGCUCCGGGCAGGGGAGAAGAAGAUGGAUCGACCUGCUGGAAGGAGUUUUAUGCAAGUAUUAUGUGAAAAAUAUAGUCCUGAGAACUUUCCUUACCGCCGCGGUCCUGGAAUGGGAGUCCAUGUCCCAGCCACACCUCAGGGCUCGCCAAUGAAAGAUCGCCUCAACCUCCCAAGCGUGCUGGUAUUGAACAGCUGCGGAAUAACCUGUGCCGGGGACGAGAAAGAAAUCGCCGCCUUCUGCGCGCACGUGUCAGAGCUCGAUCUCUCUGACAACAAACUGGAAGACUGGCAGGAGGUCAGUAAAAUUGUGUCAAAUGUUCCCCAGUUGGAGUUUCUAAACCUGAGUUCCAACCCUCUGAAUUUGUCGGUUUUAGAAAGAACAUGUGCCGGGUCCUUCUCUGGGGUUCGCAAACUUGUUCUCAACAACAGCAAAGCUUCUUGGGAGACAGUCCACACGAUACUGCAGGAGUUACCAGAUUUGGAGGAGCUCUUCCUGUGCCUUAAUGACUACGAAACAGUGUCUUGUCCUUCUAUUUGCUGUCACUCUCUUAAGCUGCUCCACAUAACAGACAACAACCUCCAAGACUGGACUGAGAUCCGGAAGCUGGGCGCUAUGUUCCCUUCCCUUGACACCCUGGUUCUGGCCAACAACCACGUGAGCGCCAUCGAGGAGCCUGACGACUCGCUGGCCAGGCUCUUCCCCAACCUGCGCUCCAUCAGCCUGCACAAGUCAGGUUUGCAAUCCUGGGAAGACAUUGACAAGCUAAAUUCAUUCCCCAAGCUUGAAGAAGUGCGAUUGUUAGGAAUCCCACUUCUGCAGCCAUAUUCCACUGAGGAGCGGCGGAAGUUGGUGAUCGCCAGGUUGCCCUCUGUUUCCAAACUCAACGGCAGUGUUGUGAGUGAUGGCGAGCGGGAAGAUUCCGAGAGAUUCUUCAUCCGUUACUACGUCGAUGUUCCACAGGAAGACGUUCCGUUCAGGUAUCAUGAACUGAUCACAAAAUAUGGAAAGUUGGAGCCUUUGGCAGAAGUGGACCUCAGACCGCAGAGCAGCGCGAAAGUCCAGGUCCACUUUAACAAUCAGGUGGAGGAAGUGAGCAUUCGUCUGGACCAAACAGUUGCAGAACUCAAGAAGCAACUGAAGACUCUCGUGCAGUUACCCACAAGCAACAUGCUCCUCUACUAUUUCGACCACGAAGCGCCCUUCGGGCCUGAGGAGAUGAAGUACAGCUCUCGGGCUCUGCAUUCCUUUGGCAUUAGGGAUGGAGACAAGAUCUACGUGGAGUCCAAAACAAAAUGACCUCUUCCAGCGCGGACACAGGAGGACUUCCCGCAGGGCGCUUGUUUCUAAUGUGCUUUUCUUUAGGAGAGGGAGAAGGUUGAUUUUGUUUCGUUUUGUUUAGGUUUAUGAGGGGAGGGGGGUGUUUGUAUAUUUUUUUCCCUGAAAAACGGGAAGGGGGCUGUUUUUGGUAUUUUUUACCACCAGUUUCUCCCACUGCGCCAGCAGACCGGGCCCCAUCUACAGCCUGUGAGCCCUCCGUCUGGGACGGCUCGGGAAUCUCCGACGUUCUGCAGUGUCCCUGGGUCCGUCUGCUGCUGGCUUGGCACUUCCGCUGUGGUCAAGCUGCCGGGCACAAGUGUCCCCCUUGAGGGUGUCAGGAGGCGCCCCCCCCCCCCGAACCUGAGUCUUUCCAGGCAGGGUCCACCCCCUCCCCCAGCUCUUUCUCCCCUCCCCCUCUUUCCUUGCUGUGGUUUAAUUUUCCCGUGUCCGCAUGUUUACGUAGUAGUUAAACUCUCUCCAUAAUUCAUUGUGGGUGAUUAUUUUUUUCUUCCUGUCUCCCUUCAGAAAUAAUUUUUUUUUUUUUUUUUACUGUUUUAGGCAUUUUUCAACCUGAUUCUGAUCUCAGGUACUCAGUCAGAACCCAGGCCCUGUCGGGGUCUUGAGGACGUGUAGAGGGGGCGAACCUCGGGUGAGCCCUGCCCUUCCUCGGGAAGUGCAGGCCGGGCAGCCUCGCACCCCUGCCCUGGCACGGUGUACCCACCACGACCUCCGGAAUGCGGGCAGCGUCUGAUCCCAGAAUGCUUUUCCUUUUGCUUAUUGAAUGUAUUUCCACAGUCGAUCCUUCUCGUUAUGUUAAGCCUGACUUUCGGAAGCGCCCGGUGGAGUGGUGGACACGUGGACACGCGUCCAGGAGCGUGAGAAUUAGCUGAUGGGCUCUCGGGAGCGUGGGGGAUGGCUCGUGCAGCUGUGUUGUCUCGAAGCCCUGGCUCUUGCACUUUGCAUUGAACGUGGGAAGUUUGAAUUCAGGGGAAUUUGAGUCCCCGUUCUUUCCUGGGAUGUGGUGACGUGGUAAUGGUUUGGUUUGACGUUUUUAUUUAGA